ACCUUUGCGGUUGGAGGGACUAGGGCUGGGACGAGGGCCAGGGCCAGGACAACGAUGAUGGCGAGCCCUUGGUCCAAGUGCAGAUCUAACUCCAACGUUUGUUCGGGAAAUCCCCAGAUGUCAGGUGGCGACAAUCAUGGAUUGGGCGAGGGGCAUAGACAAGAAGACAGAUGCCUUCCUUGCUGGGCUGCUGGGCGGGUGGGAGCCGUCAUCGUCAGCCAGCCGGGGUCCUCGGAUUAUUGGGCGAACCACCCAUCUAUUUCCCUUGUUGUACAGCAGGCCCAGCGCUCUCUGCUCAUUGUUUGCUUUUCCAACAUCAUCAGUUUUGCCGUCGUCCCAAUUGCUUGAUCUCAUCUCAAGUCAGGCCUUAUCGCAACCACUACAGAUCUGGGCCUGGCGCUUCGAUAAAUCUUUCGCCGACCAAGCGUCUUUCUGUUGCCAACGGCCCCUUCCUCUCGCUGUCGAAGCUUUGAGGAUAUAUCCGCAACGAAGCUUUCUCGUCACCCUUCAGGGUCAUCUCCCAGUGGUUUUGGUAGGGUGGGCGGCCCAAGCUCUAGCUCUCGAGACAACCGGUGCCAUCACAAGCCCCAAGCUUCCCGCGUUGCUUCUUUUUGAGGUCAUAGGAAAACAGUGUCUCGCCCUUGCUCACUCUAUUGGCCCAUAUCGAUAAUCGCACUUGAGCGAGAUGAGCAUACCGAAAUCAAAA